GCCGCCGCCCCGGCGCCCCGAGCCGGCCGCGCCGCCUCUCCCCUCCGGCAUGUUUUAAGCCCGGUCCUGCUCGCUCCCCUUAGGGCUUCCCCACUCGCUGUUGUCGGGUCCCGUUCCGUUUCCCCCGUUCGGUCCUUGCGUAUCCCUCCGAGAAGGGCCGGCGGCUGGGGGGGAGCGGGGGCGGUGGGCGCCCGGGAGGGGCGAGGGCAGAAAAGCCCCGCUCGGUACCAUGGCGUCUGGCUAUGCCCACGCCAUGGAGAGGCAGGCCCUGCUGCCCGCCCGCCUCGACGGCCCCGCUGGCCUGGACAAUUUACAAGCCAAGAAGAACUUCUCCGUGAGUCACCUGCUGGACCUCGAGGAGGCGGGCGACAUGGUGGCUGCCCAGGCGGACGAGGGCAGCGGAGAGCCAGGACGAAACUUGUUGGAGUCCCCCGGGCUGACCAGCGGCAGCGACACCCCGCAGCAAGACAAUGAUCAGCUGAACUCAGAAGAGAAGAAGAAAAGAAAGCAGAGAAGGAACAGGACUACCUUCAACAGCAGCCAGCUCCAGGCAUUAGAGAGGGUCUUUGAGAGGACACACUACCCCGAUGCCUUUGUACGGGAAGACCUUGCACGCAGAGUCAACCUCACUGAAGCCAGAGUUCAGGUAUGGUUCCAGAACCGGAGAGCCAAGUUUCGCCGGAACGAGAGGGCAAUGCUGGCCAGCAAGAAUGCUUCUCUGCUCAAAUCCUACUCAGGGGACGUGACCGCCGUGGAGCAGCCCAUAGUACCUCGCCCAGCUCCGAGACCCACUGACUAUCUGUCCUGGGGUACCACCUCGCCUUACAGUGCCAUGGCCACCUACUCCGCCACGUGUACCAACGCCAGCCCGGCGCAGGGCAUGAAUAUGGCCAACAGUAUUGCCAACCUGAGACUGAAGGCAAAGGAAUAUAGUUUACAGAGGAAUCAAGUGCCCACAGUCAAUUAAUGACUGGAGGCACCUGCCUUGCAGAAGGAGAAAAUACAACAGCACCCGUCCUGCUUCGCAACUUGUUUGUGCUGAAAGAAAGAAAAAAAAGAAAAAAAAAAAAAAAAAAGGGGAGAAAAAAAGAAGAAAAAAGCCAACCCUAACCCAGAACUGAACGUGGGAACCAAAGUGGGAGCAAACUGAACCGCUCAUGAGUGACAAGGUUCCUCCUUCCUUUUGGGAUAAUGCCACCAUUUUUUUUUUCUUGUUAUUGUCAGGUUUAUUGCUUCUGCUCAAUAUACUACGAGCUUCUUCAGUAAAGGACAGUCUCACCCUUGUUGGUUUCCAUUUUUAUAUGGGACUGCAGAAAGAAACCUCUGCUGAUUUCAGCCCAUGGACAUGUCCCACCUGCCAUCCUGCUGAGAUGCAAAGCUUGCUCAUCUCCCCCCCUGCCCCAGUUCACUUUAGAAGAAGAAGUUGUUUGGUCACUGCUUUCCCUUGUAUCCACCCGACCUUUCGUCCUUCUAGGCCCUCAUUCCAUAGAGGCAGCGCUGUGACCAUUAGUCUGUGAGAAGCCCGUUAGCGUAAUGAGAUGGGGUCAUCCUGCCUGGGAUGCCUGGACCAGUUCAAUAUCUGAGGAAGACCUUGGGCUUCACAGCACUUUAAUGCUUUCUUGAGUAUUCCUGGCGCUGCUGCCUCAAAAAGCCAAAGAAGAGAGAAAAGCCAGUGUGGGGGUGUGAGCAGGGCAGACACGGUGAGAGGGAUCGCUCUGUAGUGUUAAGAAUAGGACUGUUAGGACACUUCUUUCUAUGCCUUACAGUUUGCGCCACAGGGAAAGGCAUUGUCCAGAUGCAUUUGUUUUAUAUAUACUGUAUAUAUUUAUAUAUAUAAGAUAUACAUGCAAGCUUGGUUGGUGUUUUUUAUUAAACAAAAUAAAAUCCUUUGAAAAUGUUUGGGAUGUUUGUGCUACCUCCAGAAUCCUGGAGCCGUGCAUUGAAAUUCCAGCUGCAGCCUCUCUGACCCACGUCUGAAGUCUUCCUGGUGGCCUCAGGGAGCACUGGAAAGGACCGGCUCACGUCUUCCCGUGAGAAACCCCAAAGAAGGGGAGCUGGGGGGAGCCAUGCUCCUUUGCAGAUUUUCCCCAUGGGCAUUUGCAUGUUCAUAGAGGAAGAUGAGGAUCUGCUCUCCAGUCAGAUAGGUUUGUGUGGCUCUUGGGAACAUGCAAAGACAUCCCUGUGGCAAGCGUCUGCCAGCCCCUCUGAGGACAGGUGGUGUCUUGUCAGGGAGCAUCGCACAUGAAAACUUCCCCCAGUUCCCAUAACGUUGCCCAGUGAGAUGUGUCCUGUAGCCUUAACCUGUCCUCUGCUUUCCCUACCUGCUGUCCUCACUCCUCUGGGGUCUGGAGAGCUAAUUAGGAUCUAAUUUCCUUCUCUCCAUGAUGAGUAGAGGAGUUGCAACCCAGGAGAAGUUUCUUCCAUGCAAGCGUACUGAAGAAAUUAGGAUCUUUUUUGUUGCUGGUGAUGCCUGUGUCUCUCAAAUUUGGGCAGAAGAGGAGGUUUAUUUAUGGCAAAUAGCACUUAUACAGGGGACCUGCCCCUAAGCAAGUGUGACUUUGCUGUGGAGUAGUCCCAUUGAAGGCAGCAGAGCAUGGUCCAGGCUGGACCAUAAGGGAAGGAGAAUGAAGCUCAGUCAUAUGGCUUAGGUUUCCAUCUGCAUGUUUGCUACAGACAGGCUGGGCAUAUGUAGAUGUCUGACAGUGGGCUUUGGUAGUCUAAAAUAGGAUGUUGCAGGAGAUGAGAAAUAAAUCUCUUUAAAGUGAAGAUGAAAAUUAAACUGGCGGAAGAUGAAUGGAAAUCCAGCCAAAGUAUUUGAGCUAACACUGGGGAAAAAAGCCCCAAAUCCAAACUUGUGUUAAGUUGUGCUGGUGAUUGGGUGUGUUGCUGCUGGAACUUUUUUCUCCCUGUAUGAAUAUUUUGAGAAAAAAAUACAUCUAAUUGUGAUCAAGACAAAAAGUUAAAAAUCGUAUCUUAUGCUUCCAGACAGAACAUCAGCCGGAGAAGUGAGGCUGGACAACAUUGCAUUUAAAAAAAAUCCAUGAUGUUCUGUUUGAUCCCUUUUUUAGGCCUUAUGUAAUCUGGAGAAGCUAACAUCUCUAAACCAAAAUAUUUCCACCAUGAGUAGUGUUUUUCCAGCUCCUAGAGCAAAGCGAUCAUGUUGGAAAUCUCAGCCCUCACUUAGAAGCUCACUCUUGGUUCCUGUGCCUACACAAACAAAGAAGGUAUUGAAGAACAUGUCCUGCACCAUCAGAAAGGAAAAGGACCCCGUGCAAUGUAAUAUUACGCAGAGGUUGAACCGGUUGUUGAGUGUCUGAGCCUGGUGCUCGCCUUCCUCCUUGCCUUGCUGCCCUUCUCUGCCAUCCACCACCAUCCCAGCAGUGACAGCAGCCUGGACCUCCUCCUCUGUGGUGGCCUGAGGCUGCCCAAGUGUCCACUUUGGAGGUUUCAGCUGUUUCCUUCAGCAUGUUGGUGGCCUGUGGCUUUCCCCUACUCUUUGCUCAGCUUUUCUGCAGUAGAGAAGUCACCUUGAACAGCGUUCUUGCACAUGUGUGUGCAAGCACCUGUUUCUAAAGUUAGCAAGGAGGCAGUUCAGAGAGCAUGAACCUUCUGGUACCCUAUUAUCCAUCUAUGGACCAUCCGCACCCCCAUGCUGUGAUGUUUACAUGAAGGGGCUCACAUAGGUGCCUGUGCAAACCCUUGUUCGCCCUCCUCCCUUUAUUUAUGUGAGGAAUUGCAUUGACUUGCAUAGUGGGGCUGAUCCUGCGGGAAGGUUCUCUAACCUUUUUCACUUCCAGUUUUAGUUGGGUCUUGCCUUGUGUUGGGCGGUUUGGUUGGGGAUGCCAUCACAGGUGACUGAGCUGUUGUGAGCCCAGGUGAGACCUUUACAUCACCUUCAAGCUGGGCAACAUUAAGACGUAAACCAGAGCAUCCAAGAUACUAUUGCUUCGUUUACAUGGAUUCACUAAACAGAGUCCAGCUGGAGGAAUGAACAGGUUUUGUUGUUUGUUUCUUGAUUGCUGAUGACCUCAGCCAACAGGCAGUGUCCAGUUGUCUAUCCAGCCAAAGCAAAAUAUGAUCUUGUAUGUUUAAUCUGUAUUUUGUUGAACCAUGUGAAUAUAUUUGCAAAUUAAGGGCCUUACCCUGAAAGCAUGGAGUUCCACAGGGUUUUAGUAGACUUUCGGUCGCAGCUCUUAGGAAGUUGCCAUGGCUACCCCAGUCAUCACUGAGUUUGGGUACCAUUCAGGGGAGGAAAUGGUCUGUCUUGAGGCACAUUCCUCUCACCUGUUCUGUACGAACACUGUUUUCUCAGUCCUCCCCUUCCUCCAUGCAGAAGUAGGUGGCUGAAUCCCUCUGAGUGGGAUGUUUGAGCACAACAGGGAUGGAUGAUUGAUGAGGCUGGUGGAGCUUGACACAUGAAGCCACGGGAGGGAUUUCCAGAUGGAAAUGUAUCCUGUAAAUGGUCUCUUGCUUUGUGAUGUAAAAUGUACAGUGUUUGCACUAGAAUAGAAAUGAUCAUUUUCAAUAAAAGGGGGGAAAGACUCCCCAGUCCUUUCUAUAA